AUGGGUGUCUUCGCAACUGUUGCUGGCCCGGUGGGCGACUUCACCUCCAACUCGUCCACGCCCCUUGUCGUUGCGGCCGGCUUCGCCGCCUUUGUCCUCCUGUCCGUCGUGCUCAAUGUGCUGAAGCAGCUGCUGUGGAAGAAUCCCAAUGAGCCACCAAUGGUCUUCCAUUGGCUGCCGGUUAUCGGCAGCACUGUUACCUAUGGCAUGGAUCCGUAUGCCUUCUUCUUUGCGAACCACAAGAAGUAUGGCAAUGUUUUUACCUUUAUCCUCCUCGGCCGCAAGAUGACGGUUUGCCUCGACACUACCGGCAACAACUUUAUUUUGAACGGAAAGCUCAAGGAUGUCAACGCCGAGGAGAUCUACUCGCCUCUCACAACGCCCGUGUUUGGCAAGGAUGUCGUCUAUGACUGUCCCAACUCGAAGCUCAUGGAGCAAAAGAAGUUUGUCAAGUUUGGCCUGACCCAAGAGGCAUUCCGCUCCUACGUUGACCUCAUCACGCGAGAAUGCGAAGACUUCUUCAAGGGCCACAAGGCGUUCAAGGGACAAAAGGGCACUUUCAACGUACCCAAGGUCAUGGCCGAACUCACCAUCUACACGGCCUCCCGAUCGCUUCAGGGCCAGGAAAUCCGCAAGUCGUUCGACUCCAAGUUCGCCGAGCUAUACCACGACCUCGACAUGGGCUUCUCUCCCAUCAAUUUCAUGCUCUCCUGGGCUCCGCUCCCCCACAACCGCGCCCGCGACCACGCUCGCGAGACGAUGAUCCAGCUGUACUCUGAGGUGGUCCGCAAGCGACGAUCAGGCAGUGUGAAGAAGGACUCACACGACAUGAUUUGGCAUCUGAUGGAGUGCAAAUACAAGGACGGCACACAAAUUCCCGAGCACGAGAUUGCAGGAAUCAUGAUUGCUCUGCUCAUGGCUGGUCAGCACUCGUCAUCGUCGACUGCCUCGUGGAUUCUGCUCCGCCUGGCCCAGUACCCUGCCCUUAUCGACGAGCUGUUCGCUGAGCAAAAGUCGGCCCUCGGCGAGGACUUGCCUACUCUAACCUACGAAGACCUCCCCAAGCUGCACCUUCACGCCCAAGUCAUCAAGGAGACUCUCCGCCUGCACGCUCCCAUCCACUCCAUCAUGCGCAAGGUCAAGCAGCCCCUUGUUGUUGAUGGGACAAACUACGUUGUUCCCACUUCGCACACGCUCAUGUCUUCUCCCGGCUUCUCUGCCCAACUCGAUACCUACUUUGCCAAUCCCGCUCUUUGGGACCCGCACCGAUGGGACGGAGACAACUACGACGAGGAGCGCGACGAUGGCGACGAUGAAAAAAUCGACUAUGGCUGGGGUGUGGUGUCCAAGGGAACAAACUCACCCUACCUUCCAUUUGGCGCUGGACGACACCGGUGCAUCGGCGAGCAGUUUGCCUACCUCCAACUUCAAACCAUCCUCGUUGCCUUUGUGCGCGAAUUCAAGAUUAGAAAUAUCGGUGGCAGCAAGGACAUUGUCGGCACCGACUACUCGAGUCUGUUCUCUCGUCCAUUGGCGCCUGCGGUUGUGGAGUUUGAGCGGAGGUCGUGA